UAAUUGCCGCUUGAAAAAAAACACUAAUAAAUAAACAUAAAAUAAUGCCUGAACAAGUUGAAUCGACUUCAAAACUGAAUGUAAGCAGUGAGAUUAAGUCUCCAUCUUAUGAUUUAACCAAGUUCCGUCUCAAACGCAUACUCAACAACAAUAGUAAAUGCAAGAGUAUAACAUUACUCGGCACUUUCCCGGAUUUAUCGGAAACUGACGCCGCUAUUGUUGUUUUCGAGAAAAAUGCCUAUCGGGAGAGCGACGUGGCAACUGGAGUGUCGGCUAAUAAAGAGUCGGAGUCGGAGUCUAAGCCGAGUUACUUUAGCACUGACCUACAAGUUCGAACCGAUUUUAUAAACAAUAUAUACGCGAGUUUUCAGUGUGUGCCCACCCAACAGCUGUGUGCCGUGAAGGGCACAGUGAUUUAUCCGGCCACCGACAAACACAUUGAGAAAUAUUCUAUAUGCCAGAAGUACAUAAUAAAUGAAACGACAGAUCUCUAUAAAUCCGUCACGCUGCCUUAUAUUAGCUCAAGCCAAUUCUCGCUCGACUGGGUGUACAAUAUACUUGAGCAUAAGCAGGAAACAGAACGAAUUGUUUUCGAAGAUACACAUCCUGAAAAUGGCUUUAUACUACUCCCGGAUCUCAAGUGGGACGGACGCAACGUGGAUAACCUUUAUUUGCUGGGUAUAGUGCGCAAGCGGGAUAUUAAAUCAUUGCGUGAUCUCAAUGCGAGCCACUUGCCGUUGCUUCGAAAUUUGCGGCAGUCCGCCAAGCAGGCUAUACAUCAGCGCUACGGCUUAAAUCCCACCCAGCUGCGCAUGUACUUUCAUUAUCAGCCGUCGUUCUAUCAUCUGCAUGUACACAUUAAUCCGAUCAGAAAUGAUGCGCCUGGCAUUUGGUGCGAAAAAUCGCAUAUGCUCGACACGGUCAUUAACAAUUUGGAGCUAGUGCCGGAUUACUAUCAGCGCGCCAGUCUGCCAUUUGUUUUAUAUGAGGGCAACAAGUUGUUGGAUUUAUACGACGAACAGUUGGAGGUACGGACAAUAUCAACUCAGCCGGCAAACGAAGCAGACGAUGUUGGACCAGAGGAAGCACCCGAGGCAUUCACCGACGAGGAACCUGAAGAGGCGCGUCAGUGCAAGCGCAUUAAGCUAAGCACCCCAGAGAAGGAUUCCAAUGAAGCCGAGCUUGUUGCAACGCCGUGUGCUUAAGUAUGGCACCAAGUUUGAUCUAUAUUAUCAAUGUGAUUUGAUAUAAUAGCCAGAAUAAAAGUGGAAAUGCAUUAAA